AGUUCUCCUGGACGCCUACCAGCGUUGCCAGCGCGGCGGUGGCGGCUCUGUGGGUUCUACCUGCAGGUCUUGCGAGGGCGAGUGGAGGCGGAGAAAGGGCGCAGAACUGGAACAGGGUGAGUCAGGCACGGUCUACGUGGUAAGGGAGGCGGUACCGAGGUAUAGGGCUGACUUAAAUAAAUGGACCUGUGCUGCCGUCUCUCCGGAGAUACUGCGGUCGUAGCGCCAGCGAGAGCAGGGUGAGGAGGAGCCCGAGCCUGAUCCUUGCACCCGUUCUCGCCGUCGGCACCCCGCCGCCAUCUCCACCAUGCAGUCCCGGGAAGAAGCUCCGCGUUCUCGCCGCCUCGCUAGUCCCCGCGGUGGGAAGCGGCCCAAGAGGAUUCACAAACCCUCGGUUUCGGCUUUUUUCACGGGCCCGGAGGAGCUGAAGGACGCGGCCCAUUCUGCAGCCCUGCUGGCACAGCUCAAGUCCUUCUACGACGCGCGGCUGCUGUGUGAUGUGACCAUCGAGGUGGUGACACCUGGCAGCGGGCCUGGCACGGGACGCCUCUUCCCCUGCAACCGCAACGUGCUGGCUGCCGCGUGUCCCUACUUCAAGAGCAUGUUCACCGGCGGCAUGUACGAGAGCCACCAGACGAACGUGACCAUGCACGAUGUGGAUGCCGAGUCCUUCGAGGUCUUGGUCGACUACUGCUACACAGGUCGCGUGUCCCUGAGUGAAGCCAACGUGGAGCGCCUUUACGCGGCCUCCGACAUGCUACAGCUGGAAUAUGUGCGGGAAGCCUGUGCCUCCUUCCUAGCCCGCCGCCUAGAUCUGGCCAACUGCACCGCCAUCUUUAAGUUUGCUGAUGCUUUUGGGCAUCGCAAGCUGCGGUCACAGGCCCAGUCCUUUAUUGCUCACAACUUCAAGCAGCUCAGCCAGAUGGGUUCGAUUCGGGAGGAGAGUCUGGCAGAUCUGACCUUGGCCCAGCUGUUGACUGUCCUGCGCCUGGAUUGUCUAAACAUAGAGCACGAGCAGACUGUGUGUCACGUAGCGAUACAGUGGUUGGAGGCGGCUCCCAAGGAGCGCGGGCCGAGCGCUGCAGAAGUGUUCAAGUGUGUCCGCUGGACACACUUCACUGAUGAAGAUCAAGAUUACCUGGAAGGGCUGUUGACCAAGCCCAUUGUGAAGAAGUACUGUCUGGACCUUAUUGAAGCGGCCCUGCAGAUGCGAUACGGUGACAUGUUGUACAAGUCUCUGGUGCCAAAGCCAGAGAGCAGCAGCGGCUCUGUUGUGUCCACAGCAGAAAAUCCACCCCAGAGGCUGGGCGUGUGUGCCAAGGAGAUGGUGAUCUUCUUUGGACAUCCCCGAGAUCCCUUUCUGUGCUGUGACCCGUACACGGGAGAUAUUUACAAAGUGCCAUCUCCUUUGACCUGCCUUGCUCACACUAGAACUGUCACCACCUUAGCUGUCUGUGUCUCUCCAGACCAUGACAUCUAUCUAGCUGCCCAGCCCAGGAAGGACCUCUGGGUGUAUAAGCCAGCCCAGAAUAGUUGGCAGCAACUUGCGGACCGCUUGCUCUGCCGUGAGGGCAUGGAUGUGGCAUACCUCAAUGGCUACAUUUACAUUUUGGGUGGGCGAGACCCUAUUACUGGAGUUAAGCUGAAGGAAGUGGAAUGCUACAGCGUUCAGAGGAACCAGUGGGCACUGGUGGCUCCACUACCCCAUUCUUUUAUAUCCUUUGACCUGAUGGUAAUUCAGAACUAUCUUUAUGCUCUCAACAGUAAGCGCAUGUUCUGCUAUGAUCCUAGCCAUAAUAUGUGGCUGAAGUGUGUUUCUCUUAAGCGCAAUGACUUUCAGGAAGCCUGUGUCUUCAAUGAUGAGAUCUAUUGUAUCUGUGACAUCCCGGUCAUGAAGGUCUAUAACCCAGCCAGGGGAGAAUGGAGGCAGAUUAAUAACAUUCCCUUGGUGUCAGAGACCAACAACUACCGAAUUAUCAAUCACGGCCAAAAAUUGUUGCUGAUCACCUCGCGCACCCCACAGUGGAAGAAGAACCGGGUGACUGUGUAUGAAUAUGACAGUAGGGGAGACCAGUGGAUUAAUAUAGGUACCACAUUAGGCCUCUUCCAGUUUGAUUCUAACUUUUUCUGCCUCUCAGCUCGUGUUUAUCCUUCCUGCCUUGAAUCUGGUCAGAGUUUCCUCACUGAGGAGGAGGACGUGCCGAGUGAGUCUAGCACUGAAUGGGAUUUAGGUGGAUUCAGUGAGCUGGACUCCGAGUCGGGAAGUUCAAGUUCUUUAUCUGAUGAUGAUUUGUGGGUACAGGUAGCACCUCAGUGAAAUGCAUAAGAUCAGCAGUGUUUGUUGGAGAUAAGCUGAAACACUAGAUGUUUUUACUGCUUUGGAAAAUAUGUUAAAGAGAUACUUUUUCCCUUGGCUGGGAAAAAAAGUUGAUUUCAGGUUUGGUUUAGAAAGGGUGUUGUUUGAAAUGCUGAUGUAAUUUAGUGUUACAGAAUUUAAACACUCAAAGAAAUCAACCUAUUUAAUAAUUUACUGUUCUAAAAGUCUAGUAUUGAGUUGAUUGUUUAGUAUGUUUUGUUUGAUUACACUAAUUUAGUCUUCUCUUAUUAAAUCUGCCAUUCAGUUGAGUGCCACAAGUAUUGUAGCUUGAAUUUUAAUUUUUAUAAUAGAAAACCAAUUGGACAGGAAUUACUAGAUAGGGUUUUGAAAGAAUCUGUUUUCCUUCAGAACAGUGUAGUAGAGUUCCAAAACUUUUAACUAGUGGGUUUUUACAAAUUGUGUUCUAACAUAAAUAUAGUUUGGUAAGUUUUAGUUUAGUUUCCUCCCCUUUUAUGAAGAAAAAAAGUGCAUACUGAAUGGUGAUUUUAUUUUUAGUGAUAUACAGAAUGGCUCUAAUCUCACUGAAAGUAGAAAAAACAAAACAAAAACAGGAGCCUACUGUUUUAAAAGAACUUUCAGUUUUAAAUUUGUAAUAUAAAAUGCGUAUUUACAAAUAGUGACCAAUUUUCCGUUUAAAAAAGUCCAUUCUGGUAGUAUCACCAAUCUUCUAAAAACCUUAAAAAAACGAACAAACUGUAACUCGCUUUGUAAGUUCAUGUUUUUGAUCUGUACUUGAUAUAUACGUUAUUGAAUCAGAGGAAUAAUCCUUUUUUCCACUGGACAUGAUUGUGUAAAUUUUUAUCCAUUGUCUUAAAAAGUUUAUGUGAUUCUUAAAAUAUUUUGGCUGUACAGUUUUGGUGUUCAUCUUAGAAGAUUCAUCACCAAGAUAUGAUUCUUUACUGUCUUGUGAGGUAAUAUUGAUUUUGAAAAUAUGUAUAAGCUAAGAACAGUAUUUUAUUGAAAUCAGUAGUUAUUGUGUCUAUCAACUAUAAAAUCAAGUGCCAGCAAAGAACUUUAAAACUUUAAAUUGUGUAUAGAACUGUUUUGUGUAGCACUGAAAUAUUCUGUCAGUUUUGUAAGUCACUAAAUGUUAUCAGCUUAAAGGUAUUUUUGUAUUAAAAGUUUACAGUUAAAUAACAUAGGAUGAUGAUGGCAUUUGGGGCCAGUAGUGAAAGUCUAUUUCGUCUAAAAUAUUUCCCUAAGCGGUACCUAUGGCUAUUUUAUUAUGGUAUUUGUAUCUGUUCUGUGUUUCUGUGUGAACCAUGCUCCAGUCUUUGUUUCUGUCACAGUAUGUAAGGGAAAGUCCAGAAAUAGAGACUAAAUCACACAAAACUGACAUUGUUAAAUACAAGAAAAUAUAGCUGCUUACCUCUUUGAGGGUUUACUAGAUAGAGUGGUCAUGAUACAUGUACAUGAUAAAUGACCAGAUGCUUAUGGUGUAUUUUCCUAUACACACUUAGAAUGAUCUUCCUGAAUCUUCAUUCAGUGAUCUGCUAAUUCCUCUUCUGUGUUUAUUCUCUAGUGACAGAAUGCUAACCUCUCUCACACCCUGGCAGAGUACAGACGAGUGUGCUCUCAGGUGGGGAGCUGAAUUUUUGAAUGAAAUACCACAGGAUGAAAAUGGAGACAGGGAGACACAAAAGGUAAAAGAUAAAAAAGGUCGUCUUAGCCAUUUUGGUUGGCCAUUUGAAGAUUCUACAAAACAUUCCUGUUUAAUGUUUUUAGUGAAAGAAGAUGCUUAUCCUAGAAGUACGUGUUUCCUCAAAAGGGCUGACAUGCUUUUAGUGGCCUAAAGCUAAAUUUUGUUCCAUUUGACAUCAGGGUUGUGAUAAGCACUGUACUUAACACAAAGCUGUUUCUCAAUAGUGUUCUUCUGGGACCAACGUUUUCUUCAUCACUAACUUUUUGUGGGUAGCUUUUUGUUUUGUCAGGUUGAAGUAGGACAGUGCUGAUCUUAACCAGAUUAUCCAUCUGCAGAAUUGAGGUAUGCAACAAAUUUAUAAAAGACGAACUCUCCAAUGGUCAUUUUCAACCUUCGGGUUAAAGCCUAAGCUAAAUAGUAGUAAUAUCUUGGUUUAAAGAAGUUUUCUUGGAAAGAAUUUUGGUUUUGUGAUAUAUUUGUGAAUUAGAGAAUAGAUGUUAAUCAUUAUUUUAUAGAUAAGUGAUUUGUAUGUGAUUAGUUACAAAUAAAACUGG